AUGGGAACUGCAAGUGAGGCUGCAGAGGGUGAGGUACAGAGUGAGGCUGCAGGGGGUGAGGUACAGAGUGAGACUGCAGAGGGUGAGGUACAGAAUGAGGCUGCAGAGGGUGAGAUACAGAGUGAGGCUGCAGGGGGUGAGGUACAGAGUGAGAUUGCAGAGGGUGAGGUACAGAGUGAGGCUGUAGAGGUUGAGGUACAGAGUGAGGCUGCAGAGAGUAAAGUGCAGAGUGUAGCUGCAGAGGGUGAGGUACAGGGUGAGGCUGCAGAGGAUGAGGUACAGAGUGAGGCUGCAGGGGGUGAGGUACAGAGUGAGGCUGCAGAGGGUGAAAUACAGAGUGAGGCUGCAGGGGGUGAGGUACAGAGUGAGGCUGCAGAGGGUGAAGUACAGAGUGAGGCUGCAGGGGGUGAGGUACAGAGUGAGGCUGCAGAGAGUGAGGCACAGAGUGAGGCUGCAGGGGGUGAGGUACAGAGUGAGACUGCAGAGAGUAAAGUGCAGAGUGAAGCUGCAGAGGGUGAGGUACAGAGUAAUGCUGCAGAGGGUGAGGUACAGAGUAAUGCUGCAGGGGUGAGUGAGGCUGCAGAGGGUGAAGUACAGAGUGAGGCUGCAGGGGCUGAGGUACAGGGUGAGGCUGCAGAGAGUAAAGUGCAGAGUGAGGCUGCAGAGGGUGAGGUACAGAGUGAUGCUGCAGAAAGUAAAGUGCAGAGUGAGGCUGCAGAGGGUGAGGUACAAAGUGAGGCUGCAGAGGGUGAGGUACAGAGUGAGGCUGCAGGGGGUGAGCUACAGAGUGAAGCUGCAGGGGGUAAGACAGAGAGUGAGGCUGCAAAAGGUGAGGUACAGAGAAUGCAUACUUUAGAAAAAUUGACCACUGCAGUCUAA